AUGUACAGACAUGGACAUUCGUUCAAAGAAAAUGCAGUGUGUUUGCUGUGUGAGCUGCCAGCACAUACUGUUUGGGACAUUGAAGACCAAACAUGCCUCAUCACUGUGAAACCUAAAGAUAGUCAGAUUAAUGGAGAUUUGGCCACUUGCUAUCAUUCUCAGGAAUUAAAGGCACUCUACAUUGCAACUGAUUCACUAGCACAGCUACUGCUCCAGAGCAGAAAGGAACUGAAUAAAGGUGUGUCUCACAAGAAACCCGUUCUGUGUUGUCAAUACAAUAAGCUAAUGAGACAAGUCGUCACUUGCUGUGAAGGAUCUGAUAUUAAAGUGUGGGAUCUGGACACUGGCCAACUUGUAUUUGAAUUCACCAGAGCUCGUGGAGAUGCUGCUAUAACUUGCAUGACUUUUGACACGGAUGAAGGAAGGUGAGAAUUUGAGUAUCAAUAAACUACUAUGC